UUUACAGGAAAAUGUGGCCGGCCUCCACCUAUUGUCAAUGGAGACACUACUUCAUUCCCACUGUCAGUAUAUGCUCCAGAUUCAUCAGUGGAGUAUCAAUGCCAGAACUUGUAUGAACUUGAGGGUAACAAGCGAAUAACAUGUAGAAAUGGACGAUGGUCAGAACCACCAAAAUGCCUACAUCCGUGUGUAAUAUCACAAGAAAUUAUGGAAAAAUAUAACUUAACAUUUAAGUGGACAGCCGACCCAAAAGUUUAUGUAAGAUCAGGUGAACCAGUUCAAUUUGUGUGUAAAUAUGGUUAUCAUCCUUCACCAGGUUCUCAAGAUUUUCUAAGAACAUGUCAGGAUGGGAAACUGGAGUAUCCCACUUGUGUAAAAAACAAUCAUAAUUAAAAUCAACACCUUUAUUCAGAACAUUAUUAUUAAAUCAGUUCUCAAUUUCAUUUUUAAGUAUUGUUUUAUUCCUUUUUAUUCAUAAGUAAAAUUUUGGGUUGAUUUGUGAAAAUGUACUUAUAAUCUGAGACCCAUGGCCCUCUUCUUAAAAGCUCCAUAUUAAAACUUGGCAAA